GGAUUAGCUACCGUUUUGGGGAGCUGUUUGACGACCGCAGAGCAAAUUUCGUCCUAUCUGUAUUAACCUACCAAACUGGAAAAAUAACUAAGAUUGAGCUGUAAAUGUAUCUGCACCAGAGAGCGCAGUAUGAAGAAGACAGUCCGGCCAACAGUUAGUAAGGCCAGUGGAGAACGAGGGAAGACGGAACCCACAGCUACAGCUGGCACUGGAAAGGCUACAGCCAAGACCACCACAACAGCUCCUCUCUCUAAGGUUAAAAGUAAUGAUGAUCUGUUAGCAGCAAUGGCUGGAGGGAAUCCUACACCCAGCAAUGCUGUUACUAAGACGAAGAGAACCACCUCCACAGGGACCACUGUUGGUAACCUAGAUGGCAAGCCAAAGACCUCAUCAGGUAACUUAGCAAAGCGCACAACAUCUACAACCUCCAAAGAGCCAAAUUCAUCAAAAGAUCGUUUACGGACAGCCAGGACCUCCGCCAGUAAGAAGCUUUCAGUGUCUGGGCCUGUGCAGGGAGAUGUGGCCCAGACGAAACGUGCUCGCAGCCAGAUCCUGGCUGAGUCUGAGAGCCGUAUGAGCAAAUCAAAAUCCGACGGACAAAUCAGUGACAAGGUGGCUCUUGAGGCCAAGGUGAAAGAUCUGCUGGGUCUGGCUAAGAACAAGGAUGUGGAGAUCUUGCACCUCCGCAGUGAGCUGAGGGACAUGAGGGCCCAGCUCGGCCUUGGGGGGGAGGAGUCAGUCUCACAGGAGGGAAUGGCAGAGGAAGAGAAGCCUCAGGUGUCAGCCAUCACAGUAGCAGAUGUGGAGUCCACCUUGCUUCUCCUGCAGGAGCAAAACCAUGCCAUCAGGGAGGAACUCAACCUGCUGAAGAGUGAGAAUCGCAUGCUGAAAGAUCGGCUAAAUGCCCUGGGCUUCUCUUUGGAGCAGAGAUUGGAUGGCUCUGACAAACUUUUCAGCUACCCCUCCAUGAGCCCAGACAUGGCAACUGGUAGCGGGCAAAGUGAUGGAGGGGGCACAGGCACCCUGACCUCUUCUGUGGAAGGCUCUGCCCCAGGCUCUUUGGAGGAUCUGCUUACAGGCCAUCAGCAUGGAGGCUCAGCAGAUAACUUGGACAGCGAAUCCAGUGAAGUCUACCAGACUGUCACCUCAAGCGAUGAUGCUCUGGAUGCCCCUUCUGGAGCUUCCUCUUCCUCUGAGUCAGAGAGUGCACCCAGCAGAGAGCGCUCGCGGAGGGGUAGCAGUGGCAAUGCCAGCGAGGUGUCCGUGGCCUGCCUGACAGAGCGCAUCCACCAGAUGGAAGAGAACCAGCACAGCACAGCUGAGGAGCUCCAGGCCACUCUACAGGAACUGGCUGACCUGCAGCAAAUCACUCAGGAGCUGAAUGGGGAGAAUGAGCGACUUGGCGAGGAGAAGGUCAUCCUAAUGGACUCACUGUGUCAGCAGAGUGACAAACUGGAGCUUUAUGGCCGACAAAUCGAGUACCUCCGGUCUCUGCUGGACGAGCACCACGUGUCCUACGUGCUGGAGGAGGACAUCAAGAGUGGUCGCUAUAUGGAGUUAGAGCAGCGCUACGCAGACCUGGCAGACAAUGCCCGCUUUGAAAGAGAGCAGCUUCUAGGGGUACAACAGCACCUCUCCAACACACUGAAGAUGGCUGAGCAGGAUAAUGCUGAGGCCCAGGAGAUGAUUGGAGCACUGAAGGAGAGGAACCAUCACAUGGAACGCAUCAUGGAGUCAGAGAGACAAGACCGGGCAGCCAUGGUGGCUGCCCUUGAAGAGUACAAGGUGGCAGUGAGCAAUGACCAAGCAGAGCUGAGCCGCUGCAGGGCCCAGCUGGACCAAGAGAGGCAGAAGGUAGCUGAAUUGUACUCAAUUCACAGCUCUGGAGACAAAAAUGACAUUUGUCAGCUCCUGGAGGGUUUGCGGCUUAACAAAGAAGAGGCUGAGGCCAAGGCUGCUAAGCUGGAGGAAGAGCUUGGACAUGCCCAUAAUGAUGUCACACGACUACAGGACACUCUUAGUAAGUUGGACAGAGAAUACAGAGAUUUCCAAGAGCAGGCGCGGCAGCAGAUUGCAGAGCAGGAGCGGGGCCUGGAAAAGCAACGGGUGGAGCUACAGGAGAAGGAGACUGAAAUGGUUGACAUGAAGGAGACCAUCUUUGAGCUGGAGGAUGAGGUGGAGCAGCACAGAGCUGUCAAACUCCAUGACAACCUCAUCAUCACUGACCUAGAGAACUCUGUCAAGAAGUUACAAGACCAGAAGCAUGACAUGGAGAGGGAGAUAAAGAUUCUCCACCGGAGACUCAGGGAAGAGUCACUGGAAUGGCGUCAGUUCCAGGCUGACCUGCAGACAGCUGUUGUCAUUGCUAAUGACAUCAAGUCGGAAGCACAGGAGGAGAUUGGAGACUUGAGGCGCCGGCUGCAAGAGGCCCAGGAGAAGAACGACAAGCUUAGCAAGGAACUGGACGAGGUCAAAAGCCGCAAGCAAGAAGAGGAGCGGGGAAGGGUUUAUAACUACAUGAAUGCAGUGGAGAGGGACCUGGCAGCUCUGAGACAAGGGAUGGGUCUUAGCCGUCGCUCCUCUACCUCCUCUGAGCCCUCACCCACUGUCAAAACCCUCAUCAAGAGCUUUGACAGUGCUUCACAAGGUCCAACCUCCAAUGGUGCUGCUGUUGCUUCAACAGCAGCAGCCACUACGCUGCCACGCACGCCGCUGAGCCCCAGCCCCAUGAAGACCCCUCCUGCAGCUGCUGUUUCUCCUAUUCAGAGACACUCCAUUACUGGGUCUAUCUCAGUGGCCAAGCCACUCUCCUCUCUAAGUGACAAGAGGCCCAGCUACACAGACAUUACCAUGCCAGCUGAGCACCUCCUCAGGGGAACCUCGGCCAGUCGCCCCCCAUCUGUCCUCCAGAGAGUCUCCAACGUGGAUUCCUCGAAGGCAAUCGCAGUGUCCCGAAGGAGCAGUGAGGAGAUAAAAAGGGACAUGUCCGCUGCUGAUGGGGCCUCCUCCAACUCUCUGAUGGCAAUGGGCCCUGCGUCCUCCCAACUUUCCCUAUCUUCCUCCUCUCCCACCGCCUCUGUCACCCCCACAGCACGGAGCCGCCUUAGAGAAGAGAGGAAGGACCCUCUAUCGGCGCUGGCCAGAGAGUAUGGAGGCUCCAAGAGAAAUGCUCUGCUGAAGUGGUGCCAGAAGAAAACUGAAGGCUACCAGAAUAUUGAUAUUACAAACUUCAGCAGCAGCUGGAAUGAUGGUCUUGCAUUUUGCGCUUUGCUCCACACCUACUUACCUGCCCAUAUCCCCUACCAUGAGCUGACCAGCCAAGAGAAGAGGAGGAACUUUACCUUAGCUUUCCAGGCUGCAGAAAGUGUGGGGAUCAAAUCUACUUUGGAUAUUAAUGAGAUGGUGCACACGGAGAGGCCAGAUUGGCAAAGUGUCAUGACCUACGUCACAGCAAUCUACAAGUACUUUGAAACCUGACACCAAGGUCUUAACAGCCUGCUCUUUUAGCGCAAUCUCCAGAUCCAAGCCAGCCCUCCUGAGCUUUCAGCCUCUCAGAACGCUUCAGCCCCACUUUCAACUGUUAUACCUCGUUUGGCACACUCGCCCCCAAACUCCAGCAACACCCAGUCACCUUGCAUGCCAGCUCUCUGGCGCAGGGGUCAACUUUUCUCUAUUCAGCUCAAGUAACACUAAGGCAGGCCACUAUCUCGCUGGACCCAACAAUGCUACUUCAACCUUGGGGCAGUUUUAGGAGCUGCUUCAUGUAUUGCCGUCUUAUUAUUUAAGAGCUUGCCAUACCAUCUGUCCACACUAUUAUCUCACAUGAAGUGACUCAACAGCCAGUGUCUCUGUUGAAAAUCGUAUAAUGUGACCUGCAGUUAAAACAUUUAGAUCAUCAAAGCUUCAUGAUGUGUCUUUAGGAGUGAAACAUUGAAGACAAGCUUAGUCUCAGUGCCUUCUACCUGGCC